GGUCGGAUUUCAUUCAUUCACUCGCUUCGUACUUUCAUAGUUGGUAAAUUAUUUCGAGGUUAUUUUGUUAAUAAAACAAAUCUGUUUUUAUUGAGAAUUUACAAAUAUUUCUCUAAUCCUUUGAGCCAAAAUGUGGUACCUAACGUCGGAUACCGAUCACAGAGUUAUUUAUGUUAUGCCGAAUAAAGAAAUAACUAUCGGAAGAAGUGUUGACGCUCUAGUUUGCAAUUUUGCUAUCCCAGACGACCCAUCAAUCAGCAGAAAACAUGCAACCAUUUCUGUAUCGAAUAAUGACUUGUUUUUGCAAGAUAUGGGGUCCAGAUACGGUACAUUUAUCAACGAUUUCACCAGUAAAGUAGAGGCUGGUCUAAAAAUCAAGUUGAACAACAAAGAUAACGUGAAGUUUGGAAAGAUGAGCAGUGUGUGGAAAAUACAUGAAAUUCACUUCGUUACUUGUACAUCAACACUCAAGGGAGAGAAUUUACAAAACCUGAAGGUGUGUCUCGGAAAAUUAGGAGGCCUGCUUAAGAAUGAAUGGGAUGAGAGCUGUGCAUAUCUAACAAUGCCUGCUAUUACAUUAACAAUAAAAGUUGUUUUGGCAUUGGCACAGGGCUCUCACAUAGUUACCACUGACUUUUGGAACAAAUGUCUAGAUGCCAUCACCAACCAAACAUUGUUACCGAAUCCAAGUAACUAUGCACCACAAGUGGUUGAAUCCACCCUUAACAAAGAAAAUGUGUCAUUUUUGCCAAAUGAUGUAAGGAAAACACUGUUCUCAGGUAAAAGUGUAAUUUUUUUCUCGCGGAGGCAGUUUGAUAUGUAUAAACCUGUCCUGGUCAAGUGUUCUGCUAUACCUUUGCUGCUAAGUGACACUAAAAUGACAAAGUCUGCUCUUUGUGAACCAAACAUAAUUGUGAUACAGUACAAUAUCACCAGCACUUCCCAGGAGACACAAGCACAGAGAGACCAAAUCAAUGAUAUAAUCAACUAUAUGAAGAACAAUGGAAAAAGAAUUAUUGCUGAUGCCGAAAUAGGAUUAGCCAUUCUGUAUUGUUCAACUGAAAAAUAUUGCAAUCCAGGUUUUAACUUCCCUUCUGAAGUCAUGAAACAGACUAAUGACAAAAAUGGAAAACCUGCAAAUGUAUUGGCUCAUGAAAGUCAGGAACCUACUCAAAAGCUGAACCAUAAAAAUCAAAAUGUUGUGAUAAAUGAAACAUUGCCAGGAUUCAAAAGGAAACUGAGUGAUGAUGAUAACUUUGAGACUAACUCUAAUAAAAAGUUUGCCACUGAGAGUACUAAGGCAGAUUCCAACAAUGAUUGUGCUAAGAGAAAGUUACCCGAUGAUGAAAGUAACAUACAACCCACAAAGAGACUGGCAGUUGAUAAUGAGGAUGAAGAUUUCAAUUUCGUAAAUAAUACAAACCAACAUAGUUCUACAAAGAAACUCAAUUUUACUAAACCAUUACAAAAGAAACAAGACAUUUCAGCAAAUGAUGAAGAAGAUUUGUUUAAUUUUGUUCAAGACAAUGCAAAAACUGCAAGAGAUAAGACCAACGCAUUAUUUUAUUCAAAGAAUGCCAAUAAAAUGGACCAGGAUGAAGAGCCUCUGUUGCAAGGUCCUAAAAAUAAAAUAGUGGAUGAGAAGAUUGAUAUAGUGGCAAUGAGAGGAUCAAAGCUUAAAGAGUUAAUGGAGAGCAAUACAAAGCUAGACUUUGAUGUUCAGAAAAUAAAAAAGGAAGAAUCUGAUCUGGAUGGACAGAUGAAAAAUCUUGAUUUGGGUGAGGUAGUUCUCAAAGUGAGAAAAGAUUUGAUUGUUAAGAAAGAGCCAUUGCAAGUUGAAGAUCAAAACAGUCAACAGAGAAACUUUAAGAAAUUCAAGAAAGUAUGGCCUGUGAAAAUGCAAGUUACUGUAAUUCCAAAAUCUUCCAUGAGCAUUGUUGUGCCCGAUGUUGUUGCUGAAUCGCUGAGCUAUUGAAUAGCAUUCCUUAGAGUUUAUGUUAAGUAUACUUUGAACUUUCGUUUUGACAUUGGUAAUAAUUACAGUGCUGAAAUAUAAUUAAUAGUCAUUAUGUUUAUAAUUUGAUAAUUACAUUUAU